CACAAACUCGUUGAGAGCGCCUCAAAACCACCAGAAAAAUUCCCCAGAUCGUCCCCAGCACGAAAAAGCGCAGAUGGAGCAUUCCGGCGCCAAGAAGUCGAACAAGAUCACCGAGGUCGUGCGGAUGCAGCAGAUGCUGAAGAAGUGGCGCAAGCUCUCGGUCACCCCCAAGGAGCCAAGCUCGCCCACCUCCGGCGGCGGCGGAGGCAAUGCCGGCGAGAGCAAGACCAGGAAGUUCCUGAAGCGUACGCUCUCCUUCACGGACGGGCCGCCCUCGGGGUCCCCUCCGCCGCCGCCCAAGGGCCACCUCGCCGUGUGCGUGGGCCCCGCGAUGCAGAGGUUCGUGAUCCCGAUGGAGUACCUGAAGCACCGCGCCUUCGCGGCCCUGCUGCGGGAGGCCGAGGAGGAGUUCGGGUUCCAGCAGGAGGGCGUGCUCCGCAUCCCCUGCGAGGUCCCCGUCUUCGAGUCCAUCCUCAAGGCCGUCGAGAAGAACAAGAAGGACGCCGCCUUCUGUUACUGCGGCGUCGAGUACGCCGCCGACGAGGUCGGGCGCGGCACGCCUAACAACCCGCUCUGCAGAUAGGUGGAGCUCAAGAACCAAACGGAAAUGCUUUCUUAUAUUUCCCCCCAUUGUAACGUGUUGCGGUGAGGGAUGAGUCGAUAGUAUCUCCCCCCGCGGAUUAGAAUUACUGCUCCGAUUUUUAUCUCUGCUGAACUGAGCUGAUCUGGACUGGGUAAUGUAACAGCCAUGGAUGCAACGAAUCAUGGAAAAAUUGAUGUGGAAACGAAGGGUUUUCUGUGUUCUAUUGAAAGGCAAUGAGGAGGAGCUACCUCCAACUGAAAU